AUGGGAACCCAAUAUAUGAUGCAGGCCGGGCUGGCCUCCGGCAUGUCUGCGACGGAGGGUAUAUACGGAGCGCAUCCCAAGUCCGUCGACCCCAAUCUAAGUGAUCCAGCCCACAUGUUACCUGAAAACGUGGUCCCCAACUCACGGAGCCGCAUUGCCGUACGUGGAUAUGGCGGCAAGGACGUGUUGAUCCCCUAUCUGAGCAUUGGAACAUGGGCCUGGGGUGAUAAGGCCACCUUUGGCUACGAUCCCACGGUCGAUCUACCCCAAAUUCAUGCUGCGUGGGAGAAGCUAAAGUCAGUUGGAUUGACCUUCGUGGACACGGCGCAGUCCUACGGUAACGGUGAAAGCGAGCGCAUCUGUGGAACCUUGUUCAAGGGAAUGCCUCGAGAUGCGUUCAUCGUGCAGACGAAAUGGUUCUCGGGCGGCUUGUCUAAUACCUUGAUGCAGUCGCGUGGGCCCAAGUCUAGACUGAAGGAGUCGCUUAAACGACUGGGGCUGGAUUAUGUGGAUAUCUACCUGGUGCAUGGACCUAUUCAUGGUAGUUCGAUUGCCACCGUCGCAGAGGGGUUGGCAGAGUGUGUGGAAGAGGGAAUGACGCGUGCCGUUGGUGUUGCCAACUACAGCACGCAGGAGAUGAUCAAGAUGGAUGAGGAAUUGGCCAAGAGCAACGUUCCGCUGGCCGUGUCGCAGUGUGAGUACUCGGUCAUCCGCCGUGUCCCGGAGGUUAGUGGUAUGAUUCGCGAGUGUAAGAAGCGCGGUAUUUGCUUCCAGGGCUUUGCUUCGCUUGGUGAGGGCCGAUUGACGGGCAAGUAUUCCCGAUUCAAUGAGCCUCGGAGUACUCGGCGAUUCAGUAGUUAUCCGAUGCAUAUGCUGGAGCCGACGAUCAAUGUGUUGAAGAGCAUUGCGGAAGAGCGCCGUGUCUCCGUUUCCGCGGUCGCAUUGAACUAUUCGAUCGAUAAAGGUGUUGUUCCCCUGGCGGGAGUGCGCAAUCCGGAACAAGCGGAGGAGGAUAUGCAGGCACUUGGCUGGCGAUUGAGCAAGGACGAGGUCCGCCGCAUUGAGGAGGUCAGUUUUGAAGGGAACACGUCUGCUUUGUUGCAGCAUGGAUAA